CCUAGGUAUCUUCGGGCGUUACUUUAUCAUUCAUCGAACUAAAGAAAGAUUAUGCAUUGGCAAUCUACGCCCAAUACAUCCGAUCCUUGAAAAUUACGAGAUUUUAUUAGAAGUAUGUUAUGUUUUCGGUAUACAUAUUAGCGGAAAGGGUGACUGUCGUCCGCAUCCCCACUUCAACAUUGAGACCAAGACACGGGCUCAAUUGAGUAUGUGAACUAUGGUGGAUCAACGAACAUUAGCCUCAUCACAGGCGUUUGGACGAUGAAAUUCCCCAUAGGAGCUGUUAUUGAGAUUCUCUUGGGGUUUAAAACUGCUCACGCAUCAUUUAUCCUCCAACCCCAUGUUAAACCGUAUUGACAGACGUCCAUGAGUUUACAAGGAUUUCUCUUCCCAGAAGCAAGACAAUUCAACAUGGUCCUCUCUACGCACCCUAACCCCUCAGCUCCAGUGUUAACACACUUUUCUCUUGCUGGAAAGACAGCCCUGGUGACGGGCGGUACCCGCGGCAUCGGUUUAGAAGUCGCCAGGGGCCUUGUGGAGGCAGGUUGUUCUGGCGUCGCUAUCACGUACGCCAACACAGACUCAAUUGAAGCAGAUAGAAUAGCACUUUCCAUUUCAGAGUCUAUCGCAGGUACUCCUAAGAUAAUUGCAUACAAAUGCAAUGUUAAAUCGAAGGAGGCUGUUGUGGAGACCGUUGAGCGGGCUGCUAGAGAACUUGGCGGCAAACUUGACAUCGUGGUGGCCAACGCAGGUAUCGCAGAUCAUAUUGCAGCUAUAGAUUACCCGGAGGACAAGUUCCGCGAAAUGAUCGACGUGAAUUUCCACGGAGUAUUCUGGACAGCUCAGGCAGCGGCGAAGGUGAUGGAGAGCCAAUGGAAAGCGGCAGAUGCAAAAAGUGGUGAAGGGAGGGGAAGUAUCAUCAUCACGGCUAGUGUAUCGGCUAUAUUGGUCAACAUUCCGCAGCGACAGGCAGCUUAUAAUGCCAGCAAAGCCGCUGUUGUGCACCUAGCGAAGUCAUUAGCGGUUGAGUGGACGGAGUUUGCAAGGGUCAACUGUGUUUCCCCAGGUUUCAUCGCUACGGACAUGCUCUCGGUUCAUCCAGAGCAGUGGAGGAAACAGUGGUUCCAGAUGAUCCCAGGCGGUCGAUUGUGUGAGGCGGCUGAGCUAAAGGGGUCAUACGUCUUCUUGGCAAGUGAUGCAAGCAGCUAUAUGACAGGUUCUAACAUGGUGAUUGAUGGAGGCUACACAUUGCCAUAGAAUGUUGGCUACUUAACAUAGAAGAUAUGUCAAAUUGAAUUCGU